GAAUGGAUACAAGCUAUCAUGCAGGUGUCGGAGAAGCUUGGGGAACCAUCCCUUCAUGUAGCGUGAAGAUAAGAGAGUUCGAGGAUUUAGAGGAAUCUCCGCCUAAAUAUUCUGAUCAAGACGAUUCACCUUGCCAAGAAAUUCAAGAGAGACUGAAGAAAGUUACAUUAGAUAACUUUGAGUUCAUCAGAGUACUUGGAAGAGGAACAUUUGGAAAGUUAUGCUUUGUCGUCAGAAGAAAAACGACCGUAUCUACGCCAUGAAGGUCCUGCGGAAAGAUGUCAUUAUAGAGCGACGAGAGUUGGCACACACGUACGCUGAGAACUGUGUGUUAAAGGCUGUGGAUCAUCCCUUCCUCACUUGCCUCAAGUACUCGUUCCAAACAAACGAUUAUCUCUGCUUUGUAAUGGAGUAUGUUAAUGGUGGUGAACUGUUCUUCCAUCUUACUGAGGAGAGAUCAUUUACUGAAGAACGUACCAGGUUUUAUGGAGCUGAAAUCUGUCUUGCCCUUGGAUUUCACGAAAGAAAUAUUAUUUACCGUGAUCUAAAGUUGGAAAACAUACUACUUGAUGCUGAAGGUCACAUAAAAAUAACAGUUGGGCUCUGCAAAGAAAACAUCUGUUAUGGAAGAACCACCCACACCUUCUGUGGAACACCGGAAUAUUUAGCACCAGAGGUGCGUAAGAAGCAUUAG